AUGAUCACUCUCAAGAAGCUUAUCAAAAUUACAAGGAAACGGCAAAAACUGGCAGCCAUAAGGAGAAAAAGAAUCUCAUUUCCAAUAAAUUUUGGUCAUGGAGAUGCGGCAGCGUGCAGCAGCAGACCAUCCAAGGCUGAGAAAGGUCACUUUAUCGUGUAUAGUGCUGAUGGGAGAAGGUUUGUGCUUCCUUUAGCAUAUCUGAAAAACAACAUAGUUGGGCAGCUAUUCAAAUUGGCAGAAGAAGAAUUUGGACUGCAAAGUAAUGGCCCUCUAUCAUUGCCACGUGAUGCAAGCUUUAUGGAGUAUGCGAUUUCUUUGGUCCGAAGUCAUGUAGCCAAAGAUGUGGAAAAAGCUCUGCUCCUGUCACUAGCUACCAGUCGUUUUAUAAAUGGUAGUAGAAUUAGUUAUUCGGGUUCUGUUAGGAGAAGGUUAUUUCAGGAUAAACAGUCUAAGUUAAGUGAUGAUAGAGCUAAAGGAUACAUGACUAACUCUGAUCUUGAGGAGGCUGUGAACGAAUUCGGUCAAAGAUGCAGUAAUAUUUCUAGGAUUUACAGUAUUGGAAAGAGCGUCAAUGGAGUUCCACUGUGGGUCAUUGAGAUCUCUGACAAGCCUGGGGAGGACGAGCCUGAACCUGCAUUCAAGGUGAAUGAUCUUACCCGUUUACAGCCAUAUGCACGUAUGCAACGUGUAAUAUUUGCUUACAUUGGAAAUGUCCAUGGGGAUGAACCUGUAGGUCGUGAGCUUCUGUUAUGUCUGGCUAAUUGGAUAUGCGAUAACUAUAUGAAGGACUCCUUGGCCAGAUUGAUUGUAGAAAAUAUUCACCUUCAUAUUCUUCCAUCCAUGAAUCCUGAUGGAUACUUUUUAAGGAGGCGUGGUAAUGCUAACAAUAUUGAUCUAAAUCGAGAUUUUCCAGACCAGGGUGCACUAGUUGCAAAUUAUCCAUGGGAUGGUACCGAGGAUAAAAGGAGAAAUUACUAUGCCUGUCCUGAUGACAAAACAUUCCGGUUCAUGGCAAGUAUAUAUAGUCAUUCUCACCAUAACAUGUCUUUGAGCAAGGAAUUCCCUGGAGGAAUCACAAAUGGAGCAUUAUGGUACCCAAUAUAUGGUGGAAUGCAAGAUUGGAAUUAUAUACAUGCUGGUUGUUUUGAGUUGACCUUGGAGAUUAGUGACAACAAAUGGCCUAAUGCCAAUGAGCUUCCUACACUUUGGGAGUACAACAAAAUGAGUUUACUAAACCUUGCAGCCAGCUUUGUGAAGGUUAAAGCUGGCAGAAGGUUUGCUGAUUACCAUCGGCUACUUGCUCCUGGAGAGAGAUACGAAGUUAUGGCCACUGUGCCUGGGUACAAACCAAAGACCACACGUAUUUCACUGGGAGAAGCAGCCAUGAAUCUGGACUUCAUUCUAGAUCCGGAAGUUACAACCAAGGGGAGUCUACGAAGUAUUAAUGAUUGUAGCUGUGAAAGCAAGUGCGGGUUUGAAAUUUUCUGGAGGGUUCACUUGGAGAGUUCGAAGUUUGCCUCAGAAGCCGAAAGGCUAAAAGAAGUGGAGGGGGAAAAGGAUCCAAGCUUGAAAUACAACGUGCAAGUAGACAAGUCAAGCAAAUUGACCAAACAGAACCCAUUUAUUUUCCAUGAAAUGAAAACGGGCGGCAUCGUCGUAUGCUCGACGUUUGUUGCCCUGGUUUAUACCCCGGAGUACUCCUAUGGCCGAUCUGUCACCCAACCAGUGGGAAAUAUAAAGAUGUGUAGAAAACUAUGUUCAAUAUUUUUAACACUAAACUGCUCACAAUCAUCAAUUUUUAUCCUAAUUGACCACAGGCAAAUAUGGCAAAUCCACCUACAAAACACUUGCAGCAGUGUUUCCCGGUUUUUGGAUUUACAGACUCAUCUAAGCUGCGACAUGGCAAUUCAAGCCAUCGAUGUAAUAAUUCACAGAUAG